GGAGCAUCCUCGUUUCUUCUAGGGUUAGGGUUUUAAAAUUCCAGAAAGAAAUAUAUAUUUACUUAUAAACAGCAGGAUUCCGUAUAAAGAUAUAUUCGUUUUUUUUUUUUGAGAGUGUAUAUAAAGCAACUCUGCGUUGAUUAUCAGACGGGAGGUACCUAAAUUUUUCUGGGGGUUUGUAUCUAAGUUGUUGAUUUUGGGCUUUUACCGCCCUGUGGCCGUUCAAAAUCCAUGAUCAUCAGCGUAUCAUGGACCCAUCUCCAGUGCGCACCACUCCUCAAGUCGAUGAAGAAGAUGAGUGGGACACUGAUGGUUUUGUGAUUCCAAGCUUGGGAAUAGAAGAUCCUGAUAAAGGUGAAGUUGAUUCUCCAGAACUAGAGUCGUCAAAACCUCCUCCUUCAAAGGAUAAGGUUCAGGAGAACAUCUACCUCGGACCACACGGAGCUCCUCCUUCACAAUCAAAGCCGCAAGAGCUGAAUCCAUCUAGCCGGAAACAGCGGUUCAAGCAGAAACUAAAGGAAGCAGACAAAAGAAUCAGCGGAACAGGGAGGGAGAAUAAGGUGGAAAAUUUAAAGGAACUUGUGGGUGGCGGAAAAGGCAGUGUCAACAUGUCAAAAGGCUCCUCCCGCGAUUGGCUUGAUCCACAUUGCCAUGAGUCUCAGUUCGAGAAAUGGUACCCCCAGUAAAUGGAGCUUUGGAUAGCUUUCAGUAUCUCAUCUUUGGUUGAUCCUUGUUACUACAAAGAUUUGGUCUCUUCUAAAGAGAAAACAUGUUAUCAAGGAAGUCUAUGUAUGAUCUCAAUAAGACUUGGGUUGAACAUUUUUGUAUCCUUACUAUCUGUUAUCUUUGCCA